UUACAGUAGAUUUAAGUUUCAUUUUUAUUAUAUUAUAUAUAUUUUUAAUUUAACAUGGACCCGCUGCAGUUGAUUUUGGCGCGCAAUUUCAAUUUAUGGAAUUACGCUUGCGCAAUUCCUAAUGAGGAGACUGCGGUGACUGCAGCCAAAGCGUGGCUGCUUAUUCCAGCCCGGAUGCCUAGGUUUCCAACAUGCAGAGGCCCCAUGUCUAGAGAGACCAAAAUGAGCUACAAGCUUAAGUACCGAUUAAGGUGCUGGAGGUGUGCUAGGGAGGGCAGGCCGUCCAUUAGGGCCCCUCUUAAAAAUACGUUUUUUGAGAGGGCCCAUGUUAGCGUGUUAAACACGCUACGUCUUAUGGUACAUUUCUUGAGAAAGGAUAAAGUGUCGCAGGCGGCAAAAGAUGUUGGGGUUACAAAGAAAACGGCAAUCCAAACAUAUCAUUACCUAAGAGAGGUGUGCGAUGUGGCAGAAGCCCACGACAGAGACUUGUUAGGCGGAAGCAACGACGUAGUAGAAAUAGACGAGACACAUUUGUAUACAAGAAAAUACCAUAGGGGCCGGCUGUUUACCCAUUCGCUGCGGCAGACGCCUGUCGGCGUUUUUUAAUUUCAUAUUCAGGUGCGGAGUACGCCUAUCGGCGUUUUUUU